UAGCGUGUUUUGUUUAUAAAAAAUAACAAACGGAGAUCCUAUAAGAGAGCUUACAGAACAGGUACUACAUUUCAAAUAUGUGCAAUGCCAUUUUCACUCAAAUGCCUUCAUCCAUACUUCAGUGGAAGAUGCAUUCCUGAUCAAGCACUUAGAGUCAUCCUAUAAGAGAGCUUACAGAACAUGCACUACAUUUCAAAUAUGUGCAAUGGCAUUUUCACUCAAAUGCCUUCAUCCAUACUUUAGUGGAAGAUGCAUUCCUGAUCAAGCACUUAAGAGUAAUCAUUCUUGUAAUUCAUAUGUUCAUGUUAAUUCUCUCAAAUGUCUUACUUACUUGUGGGAUAAUUAAUGUCGGCAAACAUGUCACGGGGGCUGUAUUUUAUUUUACAGUGCAUUUUCAGAGAAGAUAUACAACUAAAUAUGCUCAACUACACUCUGAAGGGUAAAAGGAUAAAUAAUUCCGGAUGUAACAAGUGACUUUUGAUUCAAUUUUCAAUUUUAUAAGAAACUGUAUUGGGCCAUCGUGUUAUGGUAUGUGGAUGAUUCAUGAGAUCAUUGGUUGAGUGCUUGAAAUAGAUAGAUUUUGAAACUUGAAGAAAUGAUACCCUUUACUUGAGCAUGGACAUGGUCGUGAUUCCAGAAGAAGGAUUAUGCCAGAGUUCUGCUGAAUGAUUAACCUCCUAGUAAGUAUGUAGAAGUGUCAUGAAAAUUAUGACAUGCUUCUUUAUUGAUAGCAGUAAACCUUCUUCAAUUUAGUUAACUGCAGUCCUCUUUAAAUUUUUGUUUUAAUCGGACUGUAGAGUUUGUUUCCUGGUCAGAUUAUCACCACUGAGUUAGUGGUUACGACGGCAAAGACAGUGGCUUUUGAACGCUGGUGAAUUAGAGGACAAAGACAGGGAUAAGAAGUUACAGGCUAGCAAGGGCAAGGAUAAUGAGGGUUUAUGACCUGGAUCAAGUGAAAUCAUCAAGGACAAGGAUGAAAAGAUUCUGGUGCUACAACAAAUUUGGCCUGAGGCCACAUCAAUUCUAUACAACGCUUGAGAAGUGUUGCCAAAAGUAUAUGUGGGAACCCUUUCAAGGCGUGGCCUUUGGACAGAGCUUUUGGCCACAAAACAUUGAACAUUUAUAGAGCGUGCUCUUUAGUAGUAUAGGCUAUACUCUAUAAGUAUUGCCAAAUCGUAAUAUAUCUGACAACACGUAAUGAUACAAUAUGGCUACACUUUUAAAGUGUGCUAUUUUUAUAAUUCUAAAUGCAACACCUAACAAGCGUGCCCUUAAAUUCUCAUAAAUUUCACUGAAAUAAUAAUAUUUCCUCCAUGUAUUUAAAUUUCCUCCCAAUUUCUAAAAGGCAAAACUCAAAAGUCAAUACGCCUAUUUUCAUACAAUUUCUAAAACACAAAAAUAAGAAGUCAUUUGCUGAUUUUUUGCCCAAAUCAGAGAGCUGAUAGAAAGGAUUUUUUUGCCCAAAAGCAUUUAAAGGAUACCUCCGAAGAAAUCACUACAAUGUUCUCCCUUGCACUGUACCUCUCUGGAAUCAGGUUGUUUUUUUACUUCUUUACAAGUUUAAAGGUAGAAAUUUCUUCAUUUCCUUACAAUUUUUGAACUCUGAAAUCAGUUGUAGAUAUAUGUACUCUGAACUAUGAAGAGUCCAAUGGUGGAAUGGGUUAUAUCUAUGAUCAACUGGAAAAUCCGAGCAAACAAAAACUCUUUCUGAUUAAGGGUGAUAAUCGCAAUGACGAUGGUUUGUUACCUAUACUAGGUAACAUAAAUCUUUGACCUAGAUAUACGGGGUCCUGAUGGAAGAGAGUACUUGUUGAUGUCGGAUGAGGAGUUGAUGAUGCAGUGUUAAAUGAGUACUCUCAAAGCUUCAGGUCCUGUUGGACAGCAUUGCAACAAGCGUGUAUUCUCUGUGCAUUUGAAGCAUAACCCAACAAGGAUUGUUCAUGAGAUGAGAUGUACAGAAGAUUGUAAGCAUAUGAACUAUAAAAUAAGAUCGAGAACAUCAUUCAGGUGGAAAACUGAACUAGCAAAUGUGAUUGCAGCAAGUACUAGGAACCAUUAUGGAGUAAGGAGUAUGAUUGUUGAAGCCAUGAACAAGGUUGAAAGGAAAGGUGUUGUGACACUAGAAGAGGGAAAAAGUGUUGAAAACAAUCUCCGUGUGGUUGAAGGAAUGCAAUUUGACCGUGGUUAUACCUCUCCUUACUUUGUUUCUGAUAGUGAGAAAUUGGUUGUUGAGUAUGAGAACUGUAAGUUACUGCUAGUUGAUGAAAAGACAACACAUUCAAGAGAUCGUAUCAAUAUCCUGGAAGAUGCUAUCAGAAAUGGGUAUCGAAUUUUAAGCCGGAGAAUUGAGCAACAAGCUCUGGAUACACUUGUUGUCCAUAAGCUUAGAGGUGCCCUAAAGGUUGCUGAAAACUUAAAGCUCAUGGUUUUGGUGAGCGAAAAAGCUAGUGUCUUGAUGACGAAGCAACCCUUUCUAGAGGAAAAUGCAGGUGAUCCAAGUUGAAUGGUGGAUGUAUAUAGAGAUGGUAAUGGGGCAUGGGGAGGGGGGGGGGGGGG